GGUGUCAAUGGAACCCCUCGUUUCGAUGUCGGUCGCCCUGGCCUUGGAUUCGCGCACCGCAGGUGUCGAUGGACCCCGCCUUAACCAAGCCGCGCAGGCUCCGGCCAUUUCCCUUCUACUUGCGGUGACUGUCCAGUUAUGGAUGAUGUACGACCUGCACUGUCCAGCCUUCCUUCCUUCAGCAGGUAUAAAUGUGUCUCUGUCCACCCUUGGAAAAGAUUCCGCGCUUCCACCCCUCGUUUGUGUUGAAUAUUCAAUGGCUACCCUGGUCCGCUUGGUCGCUGUGAGCCCAGAAACGCAUAAGUGGACUUGUGAGGUCCGUGUGGUAAAAAAGAGUGCUCCAAGAAUCUCAGUAAACGGCAAACCAUAUAUCUCACUGACACUUGAGGACAACGAGGCGAUGGUCUUUGAUGAAGAUGUCAAGAUGUAUGAGAUGAUGAUGCAACUGGAGUCCUGGUAUACCAUCUCGAAUGCCAAAGUCCGACCCCCGAAUAACAAUUUCACCGUCCCAGACAAGAAAUAUGCCUACACCUGGGUACUUAACGGUAGGACUAUGAUACAACAUAUUCGCAAGGAUGACUUUGUAGCCAAUUCUGCUAGCAAGGAUGAUUUUGUGGCCCAUUCUGAUCUGGGUUAUUUACUCGGCGAGUACUCGGUGAGUACUCCCUACUCGGUGAGUACUCCCUACUCGGCCUAUGACCUUGCAGAGUAGCACAUUACUCGGCCCGAGUUAUUAUUCCGAGUUACUCGGCGAGUUAGCCAACUCGAUCAGUGGGUCAAAAAGGCGAUUUACUCGGGAGUACUUGGUAUUUAAAAAAACAUUACCUCCGCUUGGGAAAAAAUUAAAUUGAGAUUAUCCUCUGUGUUGUUUCUUAUUCUCCCUCAUGUUGCCUAAUAUAUUCUUCUUUGUAUACUGUAAUAAACUCUAAGAAUUUUGGAUUGUUCUUCGUUUGAUUGUGCUUCUUAAACUGGUGUUUUCAUUGUACAUUUUCAAGUCUUUGGCC